CUUUUCCGAGCAUUUGAUUUAAGUACAUACAUAAUAAUCAAUUCUUCUCAGGUAUAUUAGCACGAUCACUUCGACUGCUUCUUUUUCUCUCUCGUAAAUAUGACUUUUGCAAGAUGAACGCUUUAAUGAAUUCUUCGUGAGACAAGCUGACGGCGAAUGAAGACUACCAUGUAGGGUGUACCUGCUCUCAGGAGAUCAAUUCGUGUUGUAAUCUCUUAGACCAAAACCAUGUCUUCUUCGCCUGAAAGAGAUAGAGAUAUCAUUGAUGCAGCUAGCACUGCAACUAUUUCUAAUGACCUUCGAAUGAGCAAGAAAAAGCGAUCCAACUCUGAAGUGACCGAGUAUCCCCGAAGGCGCGCUACAAUAGCUUGUCAGAUAUGCCGCCUGCGGAAAACGAGGUGCAACGGGGCACGCCCAAAAUGCCAGCUCUGUACAGAACUAGAUGCCGACUGUAUCUAUAGAGAACCUGGCAUCAAGCUCGAUGCCGGUGAUAAGCUGAUCAUUGAAAGGCUUAACCGCAUCGAGGGACUACUCCAAUCCAGCCUAGCAAAUCAAGCUGCCCUUUGUCCACUGUCCUCAGCUUCACCGACUACCAGUAACGAUACUAAUAAUGGCGGUGAUGAUGCGCUAGUCAAAACAUCGAGUCCGCUCGCUAUGCCUGUGAGAACGUCUGUUGUCGGACUCGCUUCCUGGGCUAACCCUCCCACGAGUAUUUCAACGAUGCCCAAGGUACAUACUACCCCUGCGUUACACCUCCUACAAUGGCCCUUAAUUCGAGACUUGGUGGCUGGCCCCUAUGACCCUCACACACUGUUGCAACUAGAAAUGGCUCGUGAACCCCUCAGGAUGAGAGCUCCAGGAGUAUUAGACUUAUCCAAUGCGACCACCUAUAUCAAGGCUUUUUUUCAACGUGUCAAUAUUUGGUACGCGUGCGUCAAUCCAUAUACAUGGUCUCGGUACUACAGUACCGCGAUAUCACUAGGCUUCCGUGAAGGGCCUGAGAGCUGCCUGGUACUCUUAGUCUUAGCUCUUGGAUGCGCAAGUCAAUACGGAAGCAUCUCCUCUGUUCCUCCAGACAACGAGGCUCCAGGUUUGGCCUACUUCUCGGCAGCCUGGGGCCUUCUACCUCUUGUCAUAAUGCGCAACUCUGUGCUUGCUGCGCAGUGCAUUAUACUGACCUCAGCCUAUUUAUUCUAUUUAGUCAGACCUCUAGAGGCCUGGACACUUCUCUCGAACGCCAGCCUAAAGUUACAGCUACUUUUUGGUAAUACAUCUCGUGUUCCUCUUCAGUGGAAGGAGUUGAGUGUGAGAGUAUACUGGAACGCGCUACUCUACGAGAGCGAUUUGCUAGCAGAACUAGAUCUGCCACAUUCGGGAAUUGUGCAUUUUGAAGAGUUGGUUGAUCUUCCUGGUGGGUUUGAGGAGGACGACGAGGAGGAUGACGAGGUCGAGGACGAACGUGGUGAAAUCGCCCCUGAAACUGAACAUGUUGGUCACGAUGAACUCUGGUACUUCUUGGCAGAAAUUGCAUUGAGAAGGUUGCUGAACCGUGUCAGCCACAUGGUAUACCAAAAGGACAGCCCACUCACUCUCGGCUCGCUUGGACCUAUCGUUUCUGAGCUGGACUUCCAACUGUCACAGUGGUAUGAGAGUCUGCCUCAACCUAUUCAAUUUCCUCUUUCCCAUACACCAGCGUCAAAUUCUGUUCAAACUGUACUGCGGCUUCGAUACUUCGCUUGCCGGACAAUUAUCUACCGCCCAUAUAUACUGGCUGUCUUUCAGAACGAGCACGCAUCUUCAGAUCCGGUGGUCAAGGAAUGCUGCCGGCGGUGUCUAGAAGCAACAAUGCGCCAAUUGGAAAAUAUAACAAGCCAUCGCGAGGGUCAUCUACCAUAUCUUUGGCAGGGAGCUUUGUCCAUGGUUUCACAGACACUAUUAAUUAUGGGGGCUACUAUGUCUCCAGCGCUUUCCGUCUUACUCCCACCUGCAGACCAGGUAGACGGAAUAAUAUCAAGUGUGGUUGCAGAGGUCGGGACAUACUCACACCUUGCCCCGAGCUUAAAGCUAUCAGCGGAGAUCAUCCGGGACGCAGAAAGACGACGACAAAUCUGUUUAAAGUCUACAGGAAGGCGAGCUUGAUGUGCGUGGAAUAUACACUCCCACGGCGUCAACACAGAGAUAUAUGUGUAUAUAUUAUUAGACUAAUAAAUGGCGGUGAAAGGUAUUGUACCAGACGUUUAGCGUGGUGACAAAGGGACAUUGUGAUGGUUAGUGCAGAUCUUAGGAGAAUAAGAUAUAUAUGUACGGCUCAAGAGUCCAGGGAUAUCCCCUACAUAACAUCAGGAAGCAAAAGAAAAAAAGCCAAAGCAACCGUUAUCUGACGGAGCAAAACUUUCAUCGUGGCUGAUACUUCUCAUAAAACUAGACAUGAGAACCGGGCACUAUAGGAUUAGAACAUGUUUAGGGAGAUAUCAUACACAUGUGUCUUUCUAAAACAGCACGAAGCACUGGGCUCUCAGGCGUUUAGAUAAGGACCCAUUCACUACCCCUUUUGAUGAACUUAUCGAGCAUCGUGGCAAUAUCGUUCAAGGCAAACCGACAAACAUAGAAGCCAAAGAAUUCUGCCGCAUGGCGAGUGCUUAACUCCAGGCCAACAAGAGUCUGUGAAGAAUGCUUCAGGCCAGGGUCUUCAACUUGCUGAGCGAUUUGAUCUG